AAAGCUCUGCCAUCUUGAUCGGUUUUGGUUUUGAUAAAAUCUUAUUUAUUUCUGCUUCAUCAUUUAAUUGUUCGCUGCCCUAGUUUUCUCCCAAAACCCUAAAUUCCCCCAUACACAAUAAUGCAGAAAGAAAAAGAUAUAUAAAGCAAGGGCAAAGAACACGAGUUAUAACCACGUCUUGAAUUUGGUUCCUAGAAUUCGAAAUUUCGCAAAUGUAAUUUGAUAUGUUAUAAAACUGAGGUCAAAGUUUGUUUAUUUAUUUAUGUCAAAGUUAGGAGGAUAGAGAGUUUUUUUUCACACACUGCGAAUGGGGUGAGCUCAACAUAAGUCAAUGUCCUUUUUCAUUAGGCUAAAUCCGUUGCCAAGAAACACAAGCUUUUUAGAUGGGCCAGUGGACUCUCCUCAUUUUUGCAACAACAAAUAAGCGAAGCGAGGCCAUUGAAUCUUAUACCGACAGACAGAAAAUAGAUCUUGGGUACAAGCCAAUUCAAGUGAGUGAUAAUAAAAAAGGCACCUCUAACUCUUCCAUUUUCUUCUCUCCAAUGUGCUUGAAGAAAGCAAAUCCUUGCACUGUGUGAGGGAAAAAAAAAAAAAAAACAUGUGCUCAUGAUCCUGUUGAUGAUAGUUGAAAGUUGCAACAAGCCCCUACAACCUUUUGGAAAUAGUUAUGUUGUGCCAUUAAUACCUGCCAAAUAUUGGUAAGUACUUAUUUGCAUCAACCACUUCACGUCAUGAAAAUAAAUCAAUAGAAGAAUAUGUCAGAAACACAGGGAAGCUACCAGAACCAACAACCAGAAGCAAUCUUCUUCUUAAGUUCUGAAAUGAACUGGUGCCUCAGCACCAGGUACCAUGGUUAGAUAAGUCAGAAGAUUGACCGCCCCGCCCCCCCCAAAUGUUAUCCCUCAGGUCCUCCAAGGCAGUGAAGAAGAAGAAGAGGUCAAUUAUUGUUGGUCUAAAUUCAGAUAGCUCCAGCAGAGAGAUGCUACUUAGAUUGCUCAUUUCUGUUGUUAAAGCAGGGGACAGCGUAACAGCUGUUCAUGUUCAAGAAGCAGAUGCUGAUGCUUUUGAUCCAAACUCUUUCCACACCCAUGAAGAUCUCUGCAAGUCCAAGAAGGUGGAUUUCCAUGUAAAAGUCUGCAUUACAGAUUCAUAUGUUUCUGAAUUACCCUAUCAAGUGAGGAUCAGCUAUGCAACAAUCCUUGUACUUGGUUGCAGCCUUUCAGGGCCAAGCCUUUCAGCUAUCAAUACUUGCUUGAAAGGGUUACCUCCCUCAUGCACUCUUCUGGUAAUGGAUACUGUUGGAAGAAUACUUUUGGAAGGGCAGGGGACUUCCCAACAAGGCUCUGUGAGGGCAGCAGCCCUGCAAUCUUCUCAGUCAUUUUCUUCAACCUACACUUUUUCUGAUAAAAAAUCAAAUAUCACUCCCCAGUUGCAAAAGUCAUUAACCAUACCAGCUUUCUCUACGGGGCCAUCAAUGCGACCAACUACUAGACGAGCACUCUCUGCUGUAAAUAAAAUGGUGGAGGUUUCUGACUCGGUGGCUGAGAAACUGUUUCAUAAAUUGGCACUGUUAGAAGCAGAAGGGUCCAUCAGGAAUUUCGCACUGCAAGAGCUUCGUUAUGCAACUAACAAUUUCAACUCUGCCAUGGUGAUUGGAGAGGGUGGACAUAGUAAGGUGUACCGUGCCAAACUUGGAGAUGGUCAAGAUGCUGCUGUGAAAGUCCUCAAAUCCUCACACUGUUCUGCUGUGGAUUUUUUUCGAGAAGUGGACUUGUUUUCAAGUAUGAAACAUGAGAGCAUUGUUCAGAUAAUCGGGUUCUGCAAUAACAAGGAGGUGCAAGCAAUUGUGUAUAAUCUUUUAAAGGGAAGUUUGAGGCAGAAUUUGAGACAACUUAGGUGGAGUGAGAGGAUGAAAGUUGCAAUUGGAGUGGCAAAGGCACUGGACUACCUUCAUCAUUCUCACAACCCUCCUAUCAUUCAUAGGGAUGUGAAGUCAUCCAACAUUCUCCUCUCCCACAAUUGCGAACCGAUUUUGUCGGAUUUUGGAGCAGCUAUGUUCCUUCAGCAAGCUUCAGCUAACACAAAGGCGCCAUUUGAUGUCGUUGGGACGUUUGGAUACUUAGCCCCGGAGUACAUGAUGUAUGGCAAGGUUGAUGAGAAGAUAGAUGUGUACUCAUAUGGAGUGGUGCUCCUAGAACUCAUCACUGGGAAAGAGGCUAUUCAAACUGACCAGGAGAUUCGUGAAAGCUUAGUGCUAUGGGCAAGGUCCUUGAUGUGCAGUGGCAUAUGGGAACGUCUAAUUGAUCCUAACUUGGUUGAAGACUAUAACAAGGAAGAGAUGGAAAUGAUGAUGAUUGCAGCGCGCCUCUGCCUUAUGCAUUCAUCUUCUCGAAGGCCAACCAUGAAGAUGAUACUUAGGUUCUUUGAGAAGCCAGAGCACUGGUUAAGGAUGCAAAGGGAAAGAGAUGAUUUUCUGAAUGGAAUUGAUUUACAAGGUGAAACAGCCCAGCCUUGACAAUCGAUCACAUUGAUUUCACCGUGCAGUAAACAGCCCAAGUUGAUCACUAUCAGCUACCAAAUAAUCCCAGUAUAUAUAAAUAAAUAUUGAAAAUUUAUUAUUUAAAUGCAGGGUGACCAACAAGAAAAUUGGUUGCAAAUGAAUUUUCCUGUUGGUUACCUAAUAUUUGAAACAAUAACUUGGAUGUGUAUCCGAAGGAAUU